AUGCCUGCCUCCAAACCCCAGAAUGGGAGCACGACCAACCAAUUCAACCAGAGGCUAAAGAACCUCUUCCGGAUCAACGCCAAUGGUGCCAGCAAAGAUAGCGAGAAGACAAAAGACAAGGACGCCGACAAGACAUUUGCACAAGAAAGCCCUCCCGCCAAACCCGAGAAGUCAUCCAUCCGUAACACGUCGUUCUUCAAAACCACCGUCGGUCGCCUGAGAACCAACACGUCCGCCAGCGAGGGCAACCCGCUCGACGAGGCCCUCAGUCCGACAGCCCACGCGAACCCCUACUUUGCCCACCAAGGCCAGCCUGGCCUGCGUCACCACAAUGAGGGCUCCGUGCCACCGAGCCCGCCUGACACACCGAGCUUCAAGGCCGAAUCGACCAACGGCGGCCCCGACAAGCACGCCACCAACGCAGGCCGGGAAGAGCUGGCGAGGAAGCUUAGAAGGGUUGCCAGCGCCCCGAACGCCCAGGGUCUCUUCUCCAAGGCUGCCAAGGGAAAGGGCAGCGACGAGCGUCCCGCCACGGCCGAGCUAGGCAAAGACCCGGUCGUCGUUCACAAGGACUCUGGUACUCUCGAGCUUGUCAACUCGUCCGACCUGAAGGCCGUCUCCACCGUCGGCAGCACGUCGACAUCAUCCAACCCAGAUAAGGACGUUCUCGCCGGCCUGCCGCCGCCGAACAGGACCGCGCUAGCAUUCAGGCGGACGUACAGCUCCAACUCGAUCAAGGUCCGCGACGUCGAGGUUGGGCCUCAGAGCUUUGAUAAGAUAAAGCUCAUCGGCAAGGGAGAUGUGGGCAAGGUCUACCUGGUACGGGAGAAGAAGAGCACGCGGUUGUAUGCCAUGAAAGUCCUGAGCAAGAAGGAGAUGAUCAAGCGCAACAAGAUCAAACGAGCCCUGGCCGAGCAGGAGAUCCUGGCUACGAGCAACCACCCCUUCAUCGUUACUCUAUACCAUUCCUUCCAGUCGGAGGACUACCUCUACCUGUGCAUGGAAUACUGCAGCGGUGGAGAGUUCUUCCGUGCGCUGCAGACACGGCCAGGCAAAUGCAUUCCUGAGGAGGAUGCCCGGUUCUACGCUGCCGAGGUCACGGCUGCUCUAGAGUACCUUCAUUUGAUGGGUUUCAUUUACCGCGACUUGAAGCCAGAGAAUAUUCUCCUCCACCAGUCGGGUCAUAUCAUGCUGUCAGACUUUGAUUUGUCCAAGCAGUCUGAUCCUGGCGGUAAGCCGACCAUGAUCAUUGGAAAGAAUGGCAGCACCAAAGAAGCGUCCCUCCACAUUGACACGAGAUCAUGCAUCGCCAACUUCCGCACCAACUCAUUCGUGGGUACGGAGGAGUACAUCGCGCCAGAGGUGAUUAAGGGCAGCGGCCACACGAGUGCGGUGGAUUGGUGGACACUGGGUAUUCUCAUUUAUGAGAUGCUUUACGGCACAACGCCCUUCAAGGGAAAGAACAGGAACGGGACGUUCGCCAAUAUCCUUAGGGAGGAUAUCCCGUUCCCAGACACUGCUGGCACGCCGCAAAUUUCCACUCUUUGCAAGUCUUUGAUCCGGAAGCUGUUGAUCAAGGAUGAAAACCGAAGACUCGGCGCCAAAGCUGGCGCUUCUGACAUCAAGGCGCACCAGUUCUUCCGCACUACGCAAUGGGCCCUGAUUCGACACAUGAAGCCGCCUAUUGUACCCAACCAGGGCCGCGGUAUUGACACGGUCAAUUUCCGCAACGUCAAGGAAAGCGAGAGUGUCGAUUUUGUUACAUCAACCGCGGGGUCCGCGCCAAACUUCCCUGUGCAGCGCGUUCCCGAGGAGCCCAUCGCGUUCAAAGCCACCAGUCUGCCGCCUCUUCCCAGGCUGACCGCUCCGACUUGCGCCAUGGAACAGUCCCGCGACGCCCACCUGCUGGCGCAGCAGCCCGAUCUCUCGCCUCUGGAACAGGAGGUUCUGGAAGAAUAUGAGCGGCUAGCGGAGAAUAUGAAAAAGCUGGCGUCCGUAUUGGACAAUAUGAGUGGCCUGCCGAGUACCGAGAUCCUCGACGGGCUGAGGGAGCUGGAGCGCAAGACGAGUCUGGUGUUCACGCUGUUGAAGGCGAGCGUGUAUAGCAUUGUGCUACAGCAGGAGAUUGAUUGGGGCGGCCAGCACGAGGAGAACUAG